AUUCUAAAAAUUCACUCCGGAGCACGAUAGAAAUAUCAUGACGGAUUUCCGGGAAGAAAUCAAGGCGACAUGCAGCCGCCUGCUGCAGCAAGGAAGAGACGAAAAAGAUGAAAACAAGCUGAAGCCUAAGCUGCAGCAAGAUGACCACAGAGGACCUCCGGAGACAGCCGGAACAUCAACCGACAACGGCAAAUGCAUUGGCGAAGAUCAACAAGCACCGAAGAUCAUCCAUUACCUUUUCCCCCCAAGCCGCCACCUGAACACUGGCGAGCGGACGGUGCUAAAGGAAGUGGCGAAAAGUUCCGG